GUUUGAGGGUUCCAAAACCAAAGUGCCGAUGGAUUCCUUUUACUCGAUAGACUAUCAGCUGUCACCGAAGGACAGUAGGUUCGGCUCUCAGGACUCCGUGUGGAGUGGAAAGAAUCAAGCUUUCAGACCCCCGGUCAGCAGUGAAACCGACUCGUCACCCAGUAUCUACAACCGGCACUGGCUGUUUGAGAUGGUGUCCAAAGGCACGGCCAAGGAGUUAGAUGGGUUUGAGGAGCAUCUGAUGAGGAACAAGAAGUAUCUGACCGACUGGGAGUACAAAGAUCCAGAGACUGGAAAGACAGCGUUACUGAAGGCAUUGCUGAACCUCAACAACAAGAAGAACGACACCGUCUCCCGGCUCCUGGAAAUCGCUGAGAAAGGGAACAACCUGAAGGAAUUCAUCAACGCGGCUUACACAGACUCUUACUACAGAGGUCAGACGGCGCUGCACGUGGCCAUCGAACGCCGCAGCGCCCACUUCGUGGAGCUCCUGGUCAGGAACGGAGCCGACGUGCACGCCAGAGCCAGCGGGAUUUUCUUCAAGCAGAAGAAGAGCGGAGACGGCUUUUAUUUUGGCGAGCUGCCUCUCUCUCUGGCCGCCUGCACCAACCAGCUGGACAUCGUCACGUUCCUGCUGGAGAACCCUCACAGCCGGGCUGACGUCUCGGCCGUGGAUUCCCGGGGGAACAAUGUGCUGCACGCCUUGGUGGCCGUGGCUGACAACACGCCCGAGAACACCAAGUUCGUCACCAAGAUGUACAACGGCCUCCUGAUGAAGAGCGUCAAGAUCAGACCCCUGGAGAACCUGGAGGCCACCACCAACAAGAAGGGGCUGACGCCGUUAAAGCUGGCUGCCAAGACGGGCAAAUUGCAGCUGUUCAAAGACAUUAUGGGCAGAGAGGUCCAGGAGGAGGAAUGCCGCCACCUUUCCCGGAAGUUCACAGAGUGGGCGUACGGACCAGUGCACUCCUCGCUGUACGAUCUCUCGUCCCUGGACACGGACGACGAGCAGUCGGUGCUGGAGAUCAUCGUGCACGGCACCAAGAACGAGUUCCGCCAUGAGAUGCUGUUGGUGGAGCCCCUCAACAAGCUCCUGCAGGAGAAAUGGAACAAGUUUGCCCGCUUCAUCUUCUGCGUGGACUUCUUCAUCUACUUUGCCUACAUGACUGUCUUCACCCUCGUGGGCUACAACAGGAAAGAAAACAUGACGCUCCCGUUCCCCAUCGAACACACCACCGAGGGCUAUCUGCGGCUCACCGGACAGAUCAUCACGCUGCUCGGAGCAUUCUACCUCUUUUUCACAGGGAUUCACACAGUGAUUUUCAGGAGGAUGUUCAGGGGGAAGAGCGUGAAACCCAUCACGGUCGACAGUUACUGUGACAUUUUGUCUUUUGUCCAGUCUCUGAUGCUCCUGGCUUCUGCUCUGCUGUACACGACCGGCAGGAAUGAAUACGUGGGCUUCAUGGUGAUCGCGAUGGCACUCGGCUGGAUCAACACCCUCUACUACAGCCGAGGGUUCUAUCGCAUGGGGGUUUACAGCGUCAUGGUGCAGAAGAUCCUCGUGACAGAUAUCCUGCGCUUUCUUAUUGUCUACAUCGUCUUCCUGUUUGGGUUCGGGGUAGCGCUGGUGACCCUGAUCGAGGAAGGUCCCCCCAAGGGUCGAAUGGCCACCUCCCAGAAGAACUACCGUCUUUUAAGCAAAACGGAAUGCGUGUGCGACUCAGGCUACAACACCUACAAAGAUCUUUACUCCACUUUCCUGGAGCUGUUCAGGUUCACCAUCGGGAUGGGCGAUCUGGAAUUCACAGAGGACUACAAGUUCAAAGAAGUCUUCAUUCUCCUCCUGAUCUCUUACGUCAUCCUGACCUACAUCCUGCUGCUGAACCUGCUGAUUGCCUUGAUGAGCCAGACCGUCGAAAAGAUCUCGAAGGACAGUAAAAACAUCUGGAAGCUUCAGAGAGCCGUGACCAUCCUGGAUUUGGAGAGAAGUUUGCCCAGGUGCCUGAGGGACAGACUUCGCUCGGGAGAAUCUGUGGUGGUGGGGAUGACCCCAGAUAAUAAAGAGGACAUGAGGCGGUGUUACCGGAUUGACGAAGUGAACUGGACCAAAUGGAACACGAACCUCGGCCUCAUCAAUGAAGACCCCGGCAACUCCAACGUGAUCAGGAGGUCUAGCCUGGCUCGCAACAGCAGGUUCCGCCGAGGGGAGAGCGGCUGGCAGAGCAUGCUGCCUCUACUGCGUGAAAUGAAGACUGAGAAGCAAGAAGAAAUCGAGUCGCAUGAGAUGGACACGCUUACGGGAAGACGGCGACGGAAGCUCUCGGUGACUCCAAAAGAUGUCUAGCGCUCGGUCCGGGGAUUGCCUGGCUCCCGUGGGAACGCACACAAGGCUGGGAGCUCUCUGCGCGUGUGGCAGUGCUGGGUUGACACGCCUUGUUGUGGUGAUGAUUAUUUUAUUCCAUCCACAAGAGAAGGCUGACAGCUUCCUCCGAGCCGAGAGAGCGACACCGACGUCGAUUUGGAACCAUUCGGGAACCAAAGAUACUGAUGUCGUUGGCCCUGGCACCUCCGACCUGCUCACACUCCGCUCCUCUAACCUCGCUCAGCUGGCUCCGGCCUCCUGCACGUCCCCUCGCCCCCUCCUCUCUGCCAUUGGCGGCCGGGCUUUCAGCCACUACGCCCCGAGACUCUGGAACUCUCUCCCUCCAUCCCUUUGCCAGUCUUAGGGUCACACCUGAAGACCUUCCUCUUUGACUCACCCUGCAAUCAACUCCCCCCAGGCUCCAGCACCAUUAAGCACUUUGAGAUUCUUUCUCCCGCAUGUGAAGGGUGUUGUAUAAAUGCAAGUUGUUGUUGUUGUUGUUGUUUACCUGUCACAAACACUGGUCACUAACACUGGACAGCACGGAGGCUGAGAGUGGAGAUAAACAUAGCAUUUUGUGUAUGAUUGUCUCUUGGCUGCUGUAACACUGAGAGACGCCGGGAUCCAGGAUUUUUGGCCCCCAAAAUACAGUCAGUUCACUUAACAGCAUAUUCUGUGAAGCGCUUUGCGACGCCUCAAUGAUGUGCUAAGGCGCUGUAUCAAAUGCAAGGAUUAUUAUUAUUCUCACCUGAAAUACAAACGUACUCAAUACAAGUCGUCCUGCAUUUUAUCGCUUUACUCCACUUAUUGUUAUUAAGCAGAUUAGUGAUCAUGGACGUGAACGAUGACAUUGUAUCUACACUUAAUGUGGUUUUACCGUCACACGAACAAGCAGUAAACUGGGUCUGUUCCAGUGGAGGAGAAUCU